AUGCAUCCAGGGUAUUCAUUUACUGGUGACAAUGUUGACAUGAGAAUCCUGCCUCGUCAGAUGACUCUGACCAAUAAAAACAAGGAUCACCACAUGUACCAGAUGGUGGCUUUCAAGAAUCGCAUUUCUUCCAAUCACCUUCCUAACAUCUCCCCCAAGAAUGAUGCAAGUCAAGUCCUUUUCUCCUCAUUUCUACCAAAUGCUGAAGAGCAAUCUACACUAAUUGAAGAAUUGAUCAUUUUAAUUGGCCAUGUGUGGGGGAAGUUCAUUCCUUCGUUAGCUUGGUUUACUGAGUGCCUUCCUAAGCAAAUUGUCCAUGCACAGAUGGAGAACACAAAAAAGAAAACAGAGAAGGUUCACCUUGGUGUUCUCCAAAAGAAUGAGCAGCACGAAGAAGACAUGAUUGAUAUUCUGGAAUUUCUUCUUCCCUAUGUUCCUUGUCAUGACUCUGGGACAACCGGAAAACCAGUUAAAGUCCUCAGUGGUGGUGAUUACCUGACCUUUGAGCGACAUAAAGAGGCACAGUCUUCCAUGCAAGAUGCUCGCACACCUUUAUCCAGACUAGAGGGUUUGAUUCCAAAAGUUGAGGAUUUCCAUACUCAGGCUGAAUGGAUGAAGGUCACAUGGCAUCAUCUUUAUGACACCAUCUCAUCCAGGGACAAAGGAACACUUUAUGCAGCCCGAAAUAUGAUAGAUGCUAGAAAUGUGACAGACAAUCCUCACAACAAUUUUUAUGCAUGCAGUGAGUUUCUGAACAAAGUCACAAGGGCAUAUUUAAUUUGUGGGGCAUUGCACCACUUUGGGAUGGAAAAAAACGUGGGGUUUCACAGCAAAAUGUAUUUUAGACCAAGUGCACUUAGGAAGCACGAGGAAAGAGAACAUCGUUUUGAGGCUGUCCAGAGCAACCCUACUUCCCAAACCAAUGCCAGCAGUGAUGCAGACAGAGUCUACAACUACACCCGCCAAGCUCUGUUGCUGUUGCCGCUGAGAAUGGAUCAUGAAGAUGCCAUCAAACUAGGUGAUGGAGAGAGAGUUCUGCGACUCUACAAAUUCUUUUGUUUGUUUUAUAAGGUAAGCAAUUGCCCAAAGUAUGCAAUUGCAAUGCUGAACCUUCAAGCUCGGGUAAAAUGCCUUCUCAGCCCAAGGUUGGCUCACUCUUUGACUUGGAAUAUAUUUGUAAAUCACCAAGGUCAGAUUGACACAAACUUUCCAAUGGACAAGGAGAUAGAGCAUGACAAUUUGGCUUUCAAGACAGACAUACACAGCUUCAAGGGGGAAAUUACUGACAGGAGCAUUGCAAGGGUGAGCCACUCAACUGGUCCUACCAAUGAAAUCCUCUCUGCUUAUGACAAUUCCACUGACAUACGGAAGCCACCUGGAAAACACACAAAAAUGUCUACUGAAGAUGAUGUCAUGACUUUGGUUGACCAGUUUAUCGAAGUGGACUUGUACAAUAGCAUUGCUGGACGAAAGCACUCUGCUUUUUCAGACAUGAAGCAAAAUUUGCUUGCUGAUAUCAAUGUUGAGGACCUUAAAAGUUGGAUUUCAAAAUCACUGAAAACCUUUUCAAGAAAACAUUUCUACAAACUUUGA